CGAACGUCACAACUCUAGAAAGUGGUGAGCUGGCUUUCGAAUAGCAACACAAUGACCAAGCUCCUGGAGUGGCUUCUUGGUGUGUCGCUGAUCAGCAUGGCAUGGGGACUCGUUACCUUUGACCUCCUUGAUUUGCAGUUGCCUCCUCAGUAUAGAGAGCUGGCGUGGCCAAUCCCUGUGUAUCUGCUGGUGGCGUUUGGGUGUUAUUCACUGACAACUGUUGGCUACCGUGUGGCCACGUUUAAUGACUGUGAGGACGCAGCCAAAGAGUUGCAAUCACAAAUAAAAGAAGCCAAAGAGGACUUGAAGAAGAAAGGACUGAAGAUGUGAGAAUAACAUCUUACUGUUUCUCACAUGCAUCAACUGUUUUGUAUUUUGUUUUCAUAUUACAAAUGCAAACAUAGUCUAAUUGUUUCUGUCUACUUUGUGAUGUCUGUAUUGUAUGCACUCAGAGCUGCAGCUCAAAGCUGUCCCAGCUUGGUUCAAGUCUUUUCUUCCACACGAUAUUAAUAAUAGUUUGAAAUGUAAACACCUGCACAUGUGUGAAUGAUCUAUUUCCAGCAUUAUGACCAUCUUAUUUAAAACAUUACAGUCAGGCACAUGCACGUAUUGUCAAUGUAGAGCAGUGCUAUUUCUGUACAACCUCCAGAGUGUGUGUAUUUGCACUGGCCUGGGAAUGAAUAUGUUUUUUUUGAACCAGUUGUUUUUAGCGGAGUCAGAAUUCUGUGUCAGACUUAGAAACAAACCCACAAUGUAGAUUUGUGCUUGCACAAGGACAGCGUUUCAGUAAAUCAAAAUAUGUGGAAUAGAAUUUUGAUUUAAAAUAUGAACCAUGGGACUGUGCUAAGGCUCACAAACUUUAAUAAGGGGUAAACCCUUAAAUAAGGGUUCUACGCAAUUUUUAUGGUAUCCAAGUAGUUUAAAGCACUUCUUAACAGAAGUGUCCUACAUAGGGCUUUUUUAAUUAAAAAAUAUAUAUUUGUUUGUUAUUGACAGCUGUAUGGGGUUUAUUUUAUGACACCAAAAUCUAUUUUUUACUUUACUGGAGGCUACUGAAAGACUUAAGAGGUAGCAUAAUGUCUACCUGUCUAAUCUCUCUCUCUCUCUAUAUACUGUAUAUAAUCUGUAUGUAUAUUAACAUUAACAUUUUUGUAUUUUUGGACCAGUUUUAAAGUUUUAUUUGAUUUUUCUUCCUGAAAUCCAACCUUCUGCUGGGAUCAGUAUAAUCCUGAAUUUAUUUUUUUUUUGGACCAAAGCUAUCCGAAUCUUACUAAAGAGUUUUGAACAACACAAACUGGUGAUUUGGUCCAGAUCAAAACCAAGACUAUAUUUUGUGAUCUAAUUUGAUUCCAGAAUUUUUUUCUUUUGAGCAACCCAUUUUCAAGAUUUGAUUCAUUUCAAUAGCUCAAAUCUGAUCAGAUUACUUUCAAACAACUUGCCCCCGGGGUUAAACACUAUCAUGUGAAAAACCAGCAAACAUGUUGAAAAAGGCUAUUUUUUUAAUUGCUUAUCAUUUUGAAAAUUAAUGUUUGAUACACAAUACAUAGUGAUUCAUUCUCA